CCUUAUAAUCUCACACUCUCUCUCCUCAUUUCAACAGAAUUUUAAGUUGAACCCGCCUAAGUUUAACACCUGACUCGUCAUCGUUUCACGCAACUCGGUUAAGCUAUAGCUAUGGAGGCAGUGAUAGUGAAGGAAGAGGAGAAGGAGACAGUGACAUGUGUAGCUCCAUCAGCUGCUCCGUCUUCUUCUUCAUCAUCUUCAAGCUUUUCACCACGACCGAUGGAGGGGUUACACGAUGCGGGUCCGCCUCCAUUUCUGACAAAAACCUUUGAAAUGGUGGAGGACCCAUUAACUGACUCCAUUGUUUCGUGGAGUAGAGCUCGCAACAGCUUCGUUGUUUGGGACUCUCACAAGUUUUCUAUUACUCUGCUUCCCAAGUACUUCAAGCACAAUAAUUUUUCUAGCUUCAUUCGCCAGCUCAACACAUAUGGUUUUAGAAAGAUUGACCCCGAUAGAUGGGAAUUCGCCAAUGAAGGAUUUUUGGGAGGACAGAAGCAUCUAUUGAAGACAAUUAAAAGAAGAAGACAUAUUUCACAGAAUACACAACAAGAAGGAGGAGGACCUUGUGUUGAAUUGGGACAAUACGGAUUGGAUGGUGAGCUGGAAAGACUAAAGAGAGACAGAAGUUUGUUAAUGUCCGAAAUUGUGAAGCUAAGGCAACAGCAACAGCAAUCAAGAGACCAAAUUAUGUCAAUGGAGGAUAGGUUAGAAACUACUGAAAGGAAACAACAACAAAUGAUGACAUUCCUUGCCAAAGUACUCAACAAUCCAGCAUUUGUCAAGCAAUUUGCACAAAGGAAUGCACACAGACGGGAAUUGCGAGGUGUUGAAAUUGGGAGGAAGCGGAGGCUAACCGCCAGCUCCGGCAUGGAGAACAUACCAGAAGAAGCAAUCACUAUGACACCUGCAGGAGAGGAAAGUGGUCAAGUUUUGGAUUAUGAAAUCCAAGAUCAAGAUGAAUUGGCAACCGUGGAGACCGAUAUAGAAACAUUUUUCUCUUCUGCCUUGGACAAUGAAUCCAGCAGUGAUUUAAAUAACGCGAUUCCCAGUUCAAUACCCGCAAGUAGUGGCAAUUUGGGUGCUAUGCAUGAGACAACUUGGGAGGAUUUGUUUACCGAUGAUCUGCUUGCCGGCAAUGCGGAAGAAGUUGUGGUGGGUGAUCAAUCAGAAGCUGAUGUGCAAGUAGAGGAUUUGGUUGCAGAUCCUAUUGAUUGGGGCGAGGGCUUGCAAGACCUUGUGGAUCAGAUGGGUUAUCUCAGGUCAAAACCAUGACCAAAUACGUUGCUGUUAGAGAAUCGGUUUGUGUUAUUGUUUUAGGCUGAAUUGGCCUCUGCAACCCCAUUCCUGUUUCUCCUUAUGGUAUGUUUAAUGAAUCUUGUUUGGUUGAUUUUGUUGCUCGUAAAAUUUGUUGUUUACGACUGAUAGGUAUACAUGGUUUCUCAUACAGAAGGAAGUGGUGGAAGUUGCAAAGAGGCCAACAUAUGUUCCUGUUUUUCUGUAUCCUUGAAAGAUAAUCUAUCUGAGUUUUUUAGUUUCACUAAUUCAUUUUCUCUAGUGUUGCUCUUUUCCACCAAUUUGAUAUUCUGUAUUUCCCUUUGCUGCAUUUUGCAGGCAGACUUACGAUCACGGGACGUAGAUUUGUAAGGCGGUGCUUCGACCCUUUAUUUUUUGGAAGAGGUGUUGCAGUUUGUAUAGAUGUAUCUUCUACCUCACCAGUUUUAGCUCAGUUAAGGUUUUAUUGUGUGUUCAAAUAUUUACCAAGCUAGUGCCCAGUUUGUUGGUAGUUAUUCAUAGAUGUGUAGUAUAUCGGGGAGAAUUUCAUUGUGACAGAGGAUCUUGUUUCUCUAAACCGAAACUGCCUUCGGUUUAAUCGGGGAAGAUUGGCCCAUAGUCAUGUCUAUUAUUGUACAUGAUCAAACAUUCCGAUAGAAGGGAAUUGUUUUUUCAA